AUGUCACCGAUUCCAGUCACCAUCAUUACAGGGUUUCUAGGUGCUGGAAAGACGACAUUGAUUCUGAAUCUCAUUCCCCAACUCCCAAAGGACUAUAAACUUGCCCUGCUGAAGAACGAGUUUGGCGAUGUCGCCGUGGACUCGCAACUGGCCGGCUCGGCCUCCAUAUCCGGCGUGCGCGAGCUCCUGAACGGAUGCAUAUGCUGCAACCUCGUCGGUCAAUUGAGCGAUGCUCUUUUCCAGCUCAAGGACUCGGUCGCACCCAGCAGGAUCAUCAUCGAAACGUCCGGAUCCGCCUUCCCUGCGACGCUGGCCAUGGAAGUGAAUCGUGUUUCGCGAGAGUAUCCCGGCUCGUUCAAUCUAGACGGCGUCAUCAGCGUCAUCGAUGUCGAGAACUGGAAGGGCUACGACGACACCAGCUACACGGCCAAGAUGCAGGCCAAAUACACCGAUCUGAUCGUCUUCAACAAGUGGGAGCUCGUCGAUGAGCGUAUGUUUGAAGACGCCCUGGACCGGGUCGGCGAUCUGGAUGUCCAAGUCGCUUGGGUCAAGAGCCAUAAGGGCUGGGUGGAUAUCGAAGUCAUCAUGGGCAUCGACGGGGCAAUGGUGCGGGCUGAAGGGUUGCGAGAAGCCAUCGAAUUCAACGAAGACCAUGGGCACGGGGAUCAUGACCACCACCAUCAUCAAGAAGAAGUCGAAGUUCUAAGUGUCGUUGUCACCAACGAAGACAUGAGCAAGCCUCCCCAGGGUGUGGUGCUUGAAUCCUUCGAGGACCUGCUCCUUUCUGCGCCCAAAGAUGAGGUCUACCGCAUCAAGGGACUCGUUCUUUCCUCCAAGCCACCGCCUGAAUCCACGGGCAAUCGGAAACCCAGCAUUGCGGUCGACUCCGAGGGACAAAGUCUGUAUGUCUUGAAUUGGGCAUUUGGACGGUGGACAUACACGCCGCUCCCCAGCACGGCGUUUAGUGCCAUGGAGAAAGCCAGCGCUCGGCUGACCUUUAUCCUGGCCAGGGGAGAAGCAGGCAAAUGGACCAGAAGGCUGGAGAAGGGCGACUUUAUCGCUCUUGAGGGGGAAGGAGGGAAAGAAGAAAAGGGUUCGCUGAAAAUUGACAAGAUAGGGUGA